UGGUUUCAAGUACGACUGUACGAAUAACGUAAAAACAAUUUUAAUAUUAAAAUCAACAUGUAAUAACAAGUAAAAAACUAGUGCGCAGUUUAAAAAAUAAUAAAUAAACCGAGUGGCUGACUAGAAAGCGUUCGUUUUUCUGAGUUAAAGUUAUGUAAAGUUGCGUCAUAUUUUUGAAACUUUUAUUCUGUUCAUUGCUCAGCAGUUGAAGACCCGAGAAGGUUCAGUUUCAGGAGUGUCUGUAAUUUCGUUUGAUGAUAUUGGACAAUAACAGCGAGAUGCCUCCAGUAAAACGGGGCAGGCGAGGGGUCAGCGAUCACGAAGAUGAUGAUGAGGACUACAGGAAACGGAGAGACAGAAAUAAUGAGGCAGUAAAGAAGAGUAGAUACAAGUCAAAGCAGCGCACACAAGAGACUUUUACCCGUGUUAACAAGUUGAAAGAAGAAAAUCAAAUGCUCGAAGAGAAAGUGAAGACUUUAACAAAAGAUCUACAGUUUCUUAAGGAUCUCUUCAUGGAAUACGCAUCAAACUCACAAAGUGCCAAGUUUGAAGGUAUUGACUUGGAGAAACUUUUAGAAGAUGUGGACGAAGUAAAAACUAGCACUAGUAAGAACAGUAAAUCAUAAUGUUAGACUUAGGCAUUUAUCACAUGGGUUAGACUUAUAAGAGACAUCAAUAGGUACCAAAUCGGAUUUAUUGUUAAUUUAUUUUGUUCACAUUAUUGGUGAUUAGAUUUGAGUAACUUCAAUCUGUCAAUUUCAAUAUGUGUACCUGAGGAAAUUGAUUCCUAAUGAUAAUUAAUGUUAGCUGUGAAUAAUUGUGAU